AUGCAGUAUAUAUUCAAAAAACUCUGGAAGCUACCUGUGCUGCCUAGAAUAGCGCAAUUCAUAUGCAAGUGUCUUAAGGAUAUCCUGCAGACUAGAGAUAAGCUGGUCUAUGUGAUUCACAAUGGAGAUUAUGGCUGCCUUCUAUGUUCUCAAGCACUAGAAACUUCUUCUCACUGUAUCUUGCAUUGCAAUCUCUCAAGAGCAGUUUGGUUUGCUGUUCUAGGUCUUCAUAUUCAGGCUGAUGUUAAUCCGGUGGAUUGGUUUUGUGAAUGGUUUGAUAGACUGAAGAUUAAUCAAAUCCAGGAAGAAUAUCUAUGCAAAAUAGCAAUCACAGCUUGGUCCAUAUGGAAUGCAAGAUGUGACAGUACCUUUAAGGGUUGGAAGAUCAAUCCAGAUUCAAUCAUUAUGAAAAGUAAACUAGAAAUAGAACUGUUAAAACCAAAAAAUGUCACUAUUGUCACUAAUAAUGCUAGACAAAGGAGGACAAAUCUUCACUGUAGUCCACCUGCUAUAGGCACUCAUAAAAUUAAUGUUGAUGGUUCUUUCAGUUAUUCUACUAAAAUGGGAGGAAUGGGACUAAUUCUUCGUGAUUUUGCAAGAACUCACAGGGGCUCCAAAUGCAUCUUCCUAGGGACGGCGUUGAGUCAAGAACAGGUGGAAUGUAAGGGAUUAUGGGAGGCUUUACUAUGGGCAGAGGAUAUGAAGUUAGACAAGGUGAUAUUUGAAUUGGACUCACAAUUAGUAGCUGAUGCAGUGAAUCGAGAAAAUUUCAACACAGAUUGGAGAAUAUAUAACGUGAUUUUGGAUAUAAAAAGUAUGCUCAAGAAUAAAAUUUUCUGGAAGUGUAACUAUGUACCGAAGGAAAAAAAUAAGGUGGCUGAUAUAUUAGCAAAUUUAGCUAGAGUCUCUCUUCUAAGUAGUGUUUGGAUUUUAUCUAUUACUGAUGAGAUUGUAACUCUAUUACAAGAAAAUGCGCAACAUGUAACACAAGACUCUUAA